GCGAUAACCAAUUUUCUGGGGCAUAUAAACGGGGUUGUUUGAGGUUGUUUGACGAAGAUUGUGCCAACACGGAACUAUCUUUUGUACGACAUUUUCGUCCGUAUUCCUCCUCCAAGGCACUUUGUGCUCUCUCUGGAAUUAUUGCCUUUUCAUUUGUUGGCGCGCAGUCGCUCCCACCGCACACUCAUUCCAUUGGCCUCAUCAUAAUGACUCGUUGUAAUGUGGCAAACAAGCAUAUACCUGUGAAGAAGGUAUUUUGCAGUGUUGCACAUAAAUCUGAUUCUCCGUCUCUUUUGGACAACAACAAUAACGAGAAUGAGCAACAGGAAUCCCGCUUGCUCGCUGUGAUACAACUAAAGGACAUGAAUGAUCAAUCAUACUGUAACACAAACGGUUCCCUCAUUCUAAAAGGUGAAUCGAAGAUCCACGCACUUAACUGUGAUGAUACCGACCAACCCAAGGAAAGAUGUUCGCCGAAGGAAUUACUCCUCAAAAGCUGGAAGUCUGCUGGUGUACUUUUCGAUAGUGAGCGACCAAAACGCAUAUUUGACCGUAGAAGAGAGACGAGAACUAGAACCAACUCUGAUGUUCGAUCAUACGAGAAAGGUAUUGUCAGCGGUGUGGUAAUUAAUGAAAUCGGUGAUCAGCAAAACUGCGAUUUUGACCAGGAAGACAAGAAAACACAGCUGGAGCCUCCACGUGAUAAAGGUCAUCCUCCAACUCUAAAUGAUCACGAUACUCAUGUGGCUGUACUUCCCUACACACGGCUGCUCAACGGAUGCACUGAAGAACGAGGUGAUAGUGAUUCCAGGCUUGAAUGUCCAGAUGUCCUGGGAAGUACGGAGAUUUUAUCGAACCCAAGAGGUGAGUGUCUCAUAUCAAGUGAGACAAGCACUCUAAAUCACGCCCCUGAAAUUGAGGCUUCAGACACCGAAAGUCAACAAGGUGAUCUGGUGUAUGAGGCAGAGCGACCACCAUCUACUGAUGGAAAGGAAGUGGGUAAUGACGCGAAGGUUUUGGGUGGCGCAGCUGAGCACAACGGCACAAAUCUAAUUGUGAAUUAUUUGCCGCAAAACAUGUCUCAAGAGGAAAUACGGAGUUUAUUUGCUACAAUCGGUGAGGUGGACAGUUGUAAACUGAUACGGGAUAAAAGCACAAGCCAAAAUCUCGGCUACGGAUUCGUAAACUACAUUCACUCUAAAGACGCGGAGCGUGCGAUUGAAAAGCUGAAUGGAUUGCAGUUGCAAAACAAGACAAUCAAGGUUUCCCUCGCGCGUCCCAGUUCGGAGUCGAUAAAGGGUGCCAACUUGUAUAUAUCAGGUCUACCUUCUUCGAUGACUCAAAAGGAGUUGGAGGAGCUAUUCAACUCAUGCGGUCGUAUCAUCACUUCACGAAUACUGUACGACAGUAACACUGGUUUAUCUAGGGGAGUCGGAUUCAUCCGAUUUGAUCAAAGAGCAGAAGCGGAACGAGCAAUCCGAAAGCUGAAUGGAAUCAUUCCGGAGAACGCUGCUGAACCCAUCACCGUGAAAUUGGCCAACUCUCCCUCGGCUGUAACAACCAACCUCGGAUCCGGUGCCAACAACAAUUUUGGAUUCAGAAAUACUAUGAACGGUAAUCUCAAUUACACGAUGAAUGAGUUUGCAUACAGCUCACCAGUUGGGGAUGCACUUCUUUCGGAGAAAUCAGGACACGCGGCUUUUGCUGCUAUGCUGCUGCUUCAACAGGCCACUUCACAGACAUUGGAUCCUUUCCAUCAGCUAACUCGCGUUCCCCGGCUUCCUCAUCUGCUACCGACUGCUGGUUCGCUGCUGCCGCAACCCCAUCCAUUCCACAAUCAUCCCCAUCGUCCACCAAGACAAACAACACUCCCACGAUCUGUCACUGCUUCGACAAGGCGGUCAUUGGUCACCGGAUCGUCAAUCUCAUCCUCCUUCCCGCAUCAGCAGACUUCGACUCAACUGGCCUACACUCGUCCCUGCAACGGACAGAGGAAUUCCGUUAGGUUGAAUCAUCCUAUAUCCACAGCAACCAGCACUUCCCAUCCACUGGUGCCAAAUUUAUUACACAGCCAACCGCAUUUACUCCCUACUUUGCCUGCACAUUCCCAACCUGCCAUAAUGUAUCCUCGUUUUAGACUCCCGGUACACGCCCGUCCCCAAACCGUACUCGGCCCUGUUGGAGCCUUGCCGUUGAACGGGUUCAUGCACUCUACAUCUCUGCCGUUCGCUGCGUUUCCAGUUCCCGAGUCCAAUGAGCACUACACUCCCGAUCCAUACGCUUCCUGUGGUUUGAACUAUCUGCCUGCAGCCCAUUUCACCGGCUACCCGGCAUGCACGCUGACGGCCUCCGAUCCACUUCCCAUGCCGACCGCACAACCGGUCGCCCUUGGAUUCAACGUGAUGAACUUCACCAGUCCAAUAGGACUCUCAGUUCCAGGCGCUUCCAGUGAAUUUCCGGCAUAUGCACCUCCUGCGUCGCAGACGAAUGGAUACAUUACCACUGCACCCUGGUGUCUGUUUGUGUGCAAUCUGCCGCCGGAAACCGAUGACGCGACUUUGUGGCGACUGUUUGGUCCGUUCGGAGCUGUCCGAUCAGUGAAAGUAAUGCGAGAACCUGGUACCAACCGAUGUCGUGGAUACGGAUUCGUCACUAUGACUAACUACGCAGAGGCAGCUCUGGCUAUACAUCAGCUUAACGGGUUGGUUAGAUAAAACAUUUGUCCUCACUAUCUGAAAUUUAAUUGGAUGUUUAUUAGACGGUGAUAACAUGUGGCCAAACUUGUAUUUUCUAGGUUCUUUGUUACAUCAACAUCCGAACGAGACAAGUGUUAAGCCACGUUAGUUUGACCUUGCAUUUAGAUUGAUACUUUGCUGAUGAAACGUAUAGUUGCUCUGUUGCUAUUACGUGACACUAAUGUUCCAACCAACUCAGAAUAACCAUAUCUGUUUGACAAAUUACGACCCUUAGGUGCCUCCUCGGAAGUCGCAACAUUCAAGUCACUUUCAAACUGCAGUUCUGUCCCGUGUCCACAUGAACCGGUACCAUCCCUACAACCCGUCUCCUUUCGACUAUCAGGUCCGCCAGCGCCUGCAUCUGUACUAUAUUUUUGUGCUCUAAAACAUUUUCUUCUCGCAAUAAACGGACCUCUACAACCGACAGCAACUCCAUCCAAACUACUUGUCAACGUGCUCUAGCUUGGACUGCGUAUGUUACCUCGACAUGCGAAGCGCCCUUACCCUUCAUUUUUCUCGAACUGCAUUCUUGUUUACCUUCUUUUUGCAACUUGGAGAAGAGCAGUGGCACAGCCACUUUAUAAUGGUUUUUACCUUCUAAAGACUGUGAUGCAACCUAUUUUUAUCAGUUAUUAAUUUUAUCAUCCUGUCGUGAACAGGACCCUAAAAGUGACGAUCAUUUUUGCACGACCUGUUGCUCCCCUGAUUCUUCCACACACGCACGCAGACGCAAACACACCUACACAGAGUCUUUCCCCUGCUGGAUGAUAUAGUGAUUUUUUCUUUAUUCUGCACUUGUUUGGUGUUUAAAAAUUUCUCAAAACCUAUGACAAUGUACGUUCCUUUUGGUACAUCUAGUGUUCCCCUUCCUGUUUUAAACGGUUCGGUGGGCUGACACGAUCGGGAGAGGAGUUGUGUUCCCCCGACACACAGACACAAUCGCCAAAUCAGCUUAGCUAACUGUCCUCCAUCAGCUCUUCCGCUUGUUUAUCAAAUCCAAUUUUUGUCAUCUACUUGUAAAUCUGCUUAUCAUUACCUUGUAGACAGCCGCAAUCCAUAUUUCACACAGCCAACUCCAUAUUGAAUGAAGUUCUACAUCCUCCUCUGUUUCACCUUAUUCCUUCGUUUGGAAAAUGUGAUUCCUCUGCUAAUUAAACUUUUGCUGAAAAUAAUCAUGUUUCGGUAUAUAGCUGAUGCAUUUAGAUUAUCCAAUUAUCAGCAACGUGCAAACAUGUACUGCUUAUCUUCCCUUUACUUUCAAGAUAUACUUUAAAUAAUUUUCCGUUUCUUUAUGUAAUCUCUUUUUUAUGCCCCGCUGACACACCAGCUCCUUCUUAUUAAUUUGUGAUGAAUAUGAUCUAUGUGUACUGUUCCACGAAAAUGAAACAGUUUGGGACGAUUUGGUUUGGGGGAUCUCUUUCUCUGGUGACAAUCGCCCAAGCAUGAACAAGUUUGUCGGUAUACUUAUGUGAAACCAUGUGAUCUGACCCCCGACUAACGGUUAGCUACUUCUGGUCGCCCAGAAACAUUAUAUCUUUCCCCAUUUGUUACUUGUGCCGGUUCCAUACUGCUUUUUCUGAGCACACAUAACUAAGGUUUUAACUUAAACAUUCUCCUUCUAUCUAGUCACUUUUAAUGUAUGCUUUAGUAUUUCUAUCCCGAACAUUUUCCCAUAUUCAAAAUCAUUUCGGCUACCCAUGUUGUUAGUGCGCCGCGCAUUGAUCACACAUCUUCAUCGGCUUAUCCUCCUGUGUUGCUGUCUAAAAUUUGUCACAUUUUGAUCUGUAAUUAUGCUGCUAUUGGAAAGUCGAACCGUAUGACGCUUCCCACUUCAUUUGCACUGCUCCCCUAUGUAUACACCGAUAAACAGAGAAUGGACCGGAACACUGAAUUGCAAAAGGAAUAUGACACUCCCGUUUCAACCCGCAUUUGCAUAAACUCGAACCUAUACUUUAAAAUAAAAUAUGUUGUUGAUCAUGCUUGCUAAUUUUGUGGUGGACAAAAAUGCACAUGUAUAUUUUCGGCCCCAAAACUUGGUUUCCAAGUGUUUAUUCUUGAGGAUAGUAAUGACCCUCUCACCGGUGACUGCAUGGACGAUCCUAAUGCCUGGUGAUGAAUUGUUG